AAAAAAAAUCCUGCAUCUCUCCCUUCUUCUUUUUGUGCAUGUUUUUGUUUGAGCGCCGCUACCGAUGCAUGCUCUCGUCCACCCGUCGCCGGUGCAAGCCUUUUGCAGCGGCUGCUUGCUUGCUUUUUCAAGCACAUUCUCCCCAAAGCGCCAGUGAUGGAGGAAUAAUCACGCCAGACAGGCAGCCAUAUUGGCAAUGUACUGUUAGCUUAGCUAGCGUUAGCCUUCCCCUUUUCAUCUUAUUUCGUUUGCCUGCCUGCCUGCCUGCCGUGUGCUCCAACAUACGCGUUGCGCUGCGCGUGUGGACACAUGAAAUAUGCCAACACGGUUUCACGUAUGCGUUCUCAGCGCCCGCCACUAAAGUUCACAUGAUUCCGACAAUCAUUUUUAGCUAGGUAGCUCGGAAGCUAACAUCCCACAAGGCUACAAGAUCAUCAUAUCCAGCGAGAGAGACAAUUGUCCGCGCAGAUGUUUUCCCCCCGUCGAUUUCCUUCACGCAUCUGUCCAGUCAAAGAAAAAGAAAGUUAAGGAUGCCGGAGCCCAACAAUGGAUUUCUCCUUCUCUUUCAUGCAAGGGAUCAUGGGAAAUACAAUUCAGCAACCCCCUCAGCUUAUUGACUCGGCCAACAUCAGACAGGACGGCACCUGCGACACCGGCAGUGACCCGGGCGAGGAUGGCGCUCCCUCCUACGAUGCCAGCCUGGAUGCAGAUUUCUACCCGCCCUCAGCGUCCGAGGACCUGCCGCACGUCUCCAACGGCUACCCGCCGGGUCUGGGCAUGUACGAACCGCAGUCCAAAUUCUCCAUGUACUCGCAGUUCCCCAACGGUUCGGCCAACGGCUACGGUCCCAUACGCAGCUACGCCGAGCACGGGCUCCUCCUGCCGGGGGAGAGCACGGUGCUAAGGGGUCCCGGUCUGCAGGAAAGGCCCCGCUCGCCUGUUUCGCCCCCGCUGCCCACGCAUCACCCGCACUUGCACCACCCCCACCAUCAUCACCAUCACCUCCCCCACGCGCACCACUUCCUGUCAAACACGCCCCACAUCCAAAGUCACCCGCAGAGCCCGCUGCCCCUGCCCACCCAGCACCACCUUCCCCACACGCCUCACAUCAUGACCCACACGCUGCCGCCGCUGCCGCCGCCGCCGCCGCCGCCUCCUCCUCCAGCGCCCUUGCACUUGCCCUCCUCCAGCCCUCCCCCCUCCCUGGUGGACAGUACCCCUUCCUCACAGCCUGUCCAGCCUCCUCGCAGCGCUACCACGGGAGUGCUGAAGACCAGUUCCCCUGAGAUCAAGCUGAAGAUUAUCAAGACGUAUCAGAACGGCAAAGAAUUGUUUGAAACGGCACUGUGUGGAGAUUUGCUGCAAGAACUGCAGAAGGAAUCUCAGAAGAACGAGGCGGCUCAGGUGCAGCGGCGAAACGAGAGGAAGAAGGAGAAGAGGAAAAAGAACGCAAAGUUGCAGCCGCACAUCCAGGAGCAGACUUUGGAGCCUGUCCAAGGCCAGGCAGGUGCCACGGGCCAGACGGAGGACACCCACGUUCAGCCGCAGCCAAGAGAGCCUCCGCUGGAGCAGACGGAGAAGCUUCACAAGACCGUUAUCCAAACUGAACCAAAGGUUCCAAAAGUCAAUCAACCCUCAGUCAUCCAAGAGACAGGCUUCUGCAAAGAGUUUGUCAUUGGAGAUCUAGUGUGGUCCAAGGUGGGCACCUACCCGUGGUGGCCGUGCAUGGUUUCGUCCGACCCGCAAAUGAAGGUCCACACGCGCAUCAACACCAGAGGCCACAGGGAGUACCACGUCCAGUUUUUUGGCAGCGUCGCCGAGCGCGCGUGGAUCCACGAGAAGAGGAUCGUUAUAUACCAGGGCAAGCAGCAGUUUGAUGAGCUCCAGGCGGACACGCUGCGGAAGACCACAAACACUGUGGAAAAACACAAACUGCUGAAGCCCAUCCCUCAGAGAGAGCGCGCUCAGUGGGAGGUCGGCGUGGGCCACGCAGAGGACGCCUUCCUGAUGACGCGUCAGGAGCGCAUCGACAACUACACUUUCAUUUACGUCGACCCGCUCCCUAACGAGAACCCGGUCGCCAAGAAACCCGUGGGCCGGCCAGAGAAGCGGAACCGGCGCUCCAGCGGCUCGGCCAAUAAGAAAGACGACGGGGGGCUGAAGUCGCCCGACGGAGAUCAGCCGCCGAGGAGACAGCUGCCGCGUCGGCAGUGUAGUAUUCCCAACGCGGAGGACGCCGAUGGCUCAAACGAGAAGAAAAACUCCGGUCGUCAGUCUGACUCCCCUAAAGAGGAUGCCGCUUCUGAUUCGGGAGCCAAGCCGGAUUCUCCGGCACCGGUCAGGGCCUGGAAAACUGCGGCGGCGAGAAAGCUCUUGCCGCUCUCCAUCACCAUGAAGAGGCUGAACGUGGAGAUCACAAAGUGUGACUGGCCUCUCCUGCAAAAGCAAAAAAUGGCUCCCUCACCUCAAAAAGAAGAAGAAGAGGAGGAGGAGGAGGAGGAGGAGCUGGAGGAGGAAGAGGAGGAGGAAGAGGAGGAAAAGGAGGAGGAGGAGGAAGAAGAAGAGGAGGAGGACGAGGAGGUGGAGGAGGGGAGAGUGGAGGGAGAAGGCAGGCAGCCUGACCUCGGCUACUGUUCACCUGAGGAAAACCGAGCCAAACCCGAGGCCAGUCCCGAAGAGGACGAAGAUGUGGACGAUAUGGAGGAAGAAGGGGAGGAGAGAAGAGAAUCUCCCGCCAGUCGGAGGAGCGAAGAAGGCGGAACGCAGCCCGCUUCCUCUCCUGGCUCUCAGCACAGCAGUCCACACGGUUCUCAAGAGAGGAAGCUGCAGCGGCGCUCGGUCAGGAGCAGGUCGGAGUCGGAGAGAGGCAAUGACCCCGUCCCCAAAAAGAAAACCAAAAAGGAUCAGGCCGAAAUGGCGCCGGAGGCCACACCAAGGGCGGGAUCCCAGAAAGGAGCCAGCGAGAUAUCGGACGCCUGUAAACCGCUGAAGAAACGCAGUCGAGCAUCCACCGACGUGGAGAUGGCGUCCUCUCAGUAUCGAGACACGUCGGAUUCCGACUCCAGAGGCCUCAAUGAUCCGCAGGGUUUAUUCGGGAAGAGUCUGGAUAGUCCGGCCGCUGCAGAUGCGGAUGCCUCAGACACUCAAUCUGUGGACUCCGGCCUGUCCCGUCAGGACGGUAGCACCGGGAAGAGGGACACCGUCUGCCAGAUAUGCGAGGUGUACGCCGAGAAUUUGGUGGCGUGCGAAGGAGACUGCAACAGGCAGUUCCACCUCGAGUGUCUCGGUCUACCGUCCCUACCUGAAGGAAAGUUUGCGUGCCUGGAAUGUCGAAACGGCACUCACCCGUGCUUCAGCUGUAAGGAAGCCAGCCAGGAGGUGAGGCGUUGUUCCGUGACCGGAUGCGGAUGUUACUACCAUGAGGAUUGCGUCCGAAAACUCCCGGGCGUUACGAGCGGCUCGGGCGGAGGCUUCAGUUGCCCUCAGCACAGCUGCGCCACCUGCUGUCUGGAGCGAGACCUGCAGCGAGCUAGCAAAGGUCGCCUGAUGCGUUGCAUCCGCUGCCCGCUGGCGUAUCACACAGGCGACAGCUGCGUGGCGGCGGGCAGCGCCAUCCUCACACACCACAUCAUGAUCUGCAGCAGCCACGGCAGCACCAAGCGCAACGGCCUCCAAACGUCCCCCGUCAACGUGGGCUGGUGCUUCCUGUGCGCCAGAGGGCUGUUAGUGCAAGACCUUACUGACACCAUAUUAAGUUCAUAUGCCUAUAAGUCCCACUACCUUCUGACCGAGUCAAAUCGUGCUGAGUUGAAAUUACCUAUGAUUCCCUCUCCUUCGUCAGCUACCAAAAAGAAUGUUGGCAAAGGAGGCAAGUUGCUGUGCUGCGACUCGUGCCCGGCUUCCUUCCACCCCGAGUGUUUGGAGAUGGAGAUGCCCGAGGGGCCUUGGUCCUGCAGUGAUUGUAGGGCUGGCAAAAAACCUCACUACAAACAAAUUGUCUGGGUCAAACUGGGAAACUACAGGUGGUGGCCGGCGGAGAUCUGCAACCCUCGUUUGGUGCCGUCCAACAUCCAGAGCCUUCGUCACGACGUGGGCGACUUCCCGGUCUUUUUCUUCGGUUCGCACGACUACUACUGGAUCAAUCAGGGCCGCGUCUUCCCUUACGUGGAGAACGACAAAAACUUUGUCAGCGGUCAGAUCAACAUCAACAAGACUUUCAAGAAAGCUCUGGAUGAAGCAGCCCGGAGGUUUCAGGAGCUCAAGGCCCAGAGGGAGAGCAGGGAGGCUUUAGAGCAGGAGCGCAACUCUCGCAAACCGCCACCCUACAAAUUCAUCAAGUCCAACAAAGCCGUGGGCAAAGUGCAAAUGCACGUGGCCGCCGACUUGUCGGAAAUCCCUCGCUGCAACUGCCGGCCUGCCGACGAGCACCCGUGCGGCCUGGACUCUCAGUGUCUCAACCGCGUGCUCCAGUACGAGUGUCACCCUCAGGUAUGUCCCGCGGGAGACAAUUGCGAGAACCAGUGUUUCUCCAAGCGCCUGUAUGCCGAGACGGAGGUGAUAAAGACGGAGGGCCGAGGAUGGGGCCUCCGAACAAACCAGGCUCUGAGAAAGGGUGACUUUGUGAUCGAGUACGUCGGAGAAGUCAUCGACUCGGACGAGUGCCAGCAGCGAAUCAAACGCGCCCAUGAAAACCACGUCACCAACUUCUACAUGCUAACCUUGACUAAGGAUCGCGUGAUCGACGCCGGUCCGAAAGGGAAUUCGUCGCGGUUCAUUAACCACAGCUGCAGCCCCAACUGCGAAACCCAAAAGUGGACGGUCAACGGCGACGUCCGCAUCGGACUCUUUGCUCUCUGCGAUAUCGAAGCUGGCGCGGAGAUGACCUUCAAUUAUAACCUGCACUGCGUGGGCAACAGGAGAACAUCUUGCCGCUGCGGAUCGGACAACUGCUCAGGUUUCCUCGGGGUGCAGCCGACCAGUGCUGUGGUGCAGGAGAAAGAGGAGAAGGCCAGGAAUGCCAAGCUGCGGCAGAAAAAGCGCAAGCUGCGCCUGGAGGGCAAACACGCGCACGACUACUUCUGCUUUAACUGCGGAGAGGGAGGAGAGCUGGUGAUGUGCGACAGGAAGGAGUGUCCCAAAGCGUACCACCUGCUGUGUCUCAACCUCAGCAAGCCGCCAUAUGGUCGUUGGGAGUGUCCCUGGCACGACUGCAGCAUCUGCGGCGCGCCGGCCUCGUCGCUGUGUGACUUCUGCCCUCGUUCCUUCUGCCCGGAUCACGAGGAGGGGGCGCUUAGCGCUUCCUCGCUGGAGGGCCGGCCCUGUUGUUCCGGCCACAACCCGCUCAGCCCCUUGGGCUCUAGCCCCGGUUCUGCUAAGCCGCCAUCUUCUUCUCUGAGCCCCGUCACGGUCAAAGAGGAACCGCAAGGAGACGAUGUGGCGCCCUCGUUACCUCGUUCGCUGUAAAGCGCACUCCUGGCUGGCGUUCCGCCCACCUGCGCUGGCUAAAGGGAAUAUAUUCCGAUUUUUGUUGUUGUGGUUUUUUUUUCCUCCCUGGCUGGCGCCGAGACACGUCAAAGAACUGAUGUGGCAAGCGCUGUGAGAUUGGAAGAGGCCAGGACAUGCGGCGGCGUUCUCCGCUUCUCCGGCCGGCUAUAAAACACCCACCGCUCGGCUCCAAGACCAACACCUCGUUUUGGAAUAAUCCCGAGUGUUGCCAGUAGCUGUCUCUUUGAAGGGAGUGAAGCGAGGUGGAGGGUGGGGACGCGGCCCCGUGCCGCCCCGUGCCGCCACGCCAUGCCAAGCCACGCCACGCCACGCCGUUCCUCCUCCUGUUGACCUGCUGUACGCCACGGCGGUGGCUGGCGUCUCUCACACACACACACACACACACACACACACUUGGGCUGCCUCACGUGACACGCCCUCCCCUUCCUCAAACUGGAGGGGCGACACUUUGUGCAAUUGUUUUUUUAGGCCCACACUACAUUCCAACAUUCCUUUAACCAUGUUUUUGAUAUACUUCUGGUGAUAGAUGAAUAUAAUUGUAUACAUAUCUAUGUUUGUUCAUGUUUACAGGCAGAUUUUUCUCACUUCAUCUCAGUGAGUGGUGUAUUUCUUUGUUUUUAGGUGUUGCGCAGAGCUCCUUGUGAAAAUCGUCCUAUUAAGGUGAAAUACUGUAUCAUGAUAUAUAUAUAGCGUACUGGUAUAACAUGACACUUGUGACUUUUUCUUUGCUCAUUCACCUGUACAUAAUUGGCUCAUGAUAUUGUAAAGUACUUAGCAACGGGGAGGCACCGCCCAGUCUCCACACUUGAUUUUGAACACGAAAAGGGGGGCCGGGCCGGGCCGGGCCGGGCCGAGCCAGUGAGCACUGCUAUCCGAGUAGCGUUAAUCAGCCUUAAGGGAUGACUUUAGGAACUACUGCCCAGAUCCGUUCCAGUAACGUUUGUGUACUGUGACCGUUUGAUUUCUGAUGUUUUUUGCCAAAACUUCUCUGAAAAGCACUUUCACACGCCUCGUCAUUACACUUUUUCGUUAGCUCGCGUACGUAUAUACAGAAAUGUAUAUUAAAGGAACAUAAGUGUUUUGAAAAUGGAUACCUCUUCUUCUGGCAGUGACAUAAGAAUUUCAAAUGUGUUGUGACCAAAAAGAAAAAAUCUGUUUUGGGGCGGCAAAAUUUAAAUGACCGCCAGCCUCGUGUUGAAGAAAUCAUGAAUCGCUACCAUGAUACACAGUCCAGUAAGUAUAGUGUACAAAAUACAACCUGUACAGUGUUUUUAAAUUGCUCAUCUGUCGAAUCUUUUGUAUUUAUUGCACCACAUUUUAUACCAAUUGCUUUGUCAAACACCAGUGCAGUACUCCCUGUUACCACCGUGUGACAUUUGAAAAGAGGGAAAAAA